AUGGAGAAUUAAGAAUAUUAUAUCACUUUGCCUAUUCUUAAAAUUGUUUUUGAUGGCUAAAAUAUAAAAUUGAAUGAUACAUUUAUUGAGAGCAAUAAUAAUUUAGAUAUUUUAAAAGAAUUAGAAAAGUUAGAUUUAAAAUAUUAUCAAUCUUUUCAAUAUAUAAACCAAAGUUUAAAAUCUGAUUAUGAUUAGCAUCUAGAACUUCUUGAAAAAAUUAUAAUAAAAAUAAAUGAAAAAUCAGGGUUUAAAAUGAGCUUCAAGAGUAUUUAUCUAGACUUAAGUUGCUGGGAGUUUGCUGAUACUUAAAAUAUAAUAUAUUUUUCAAAUAUUUUAUCUAAAAUACUUGAAUUUAACUAAGAAACUAAAGAAAUCUAUGUUAACGUUGAAUAUUGGAAAGAUGUUUAACCUGAAGGAUUUUAAUAUCUUUUCUAAAUUUUGCAUAAUUACUUAUCAAAAACUGAGCUUUAAAGUUUUUACUUAAAUUUAUAUGGUUGGAGAAGAAGCGAUUAAUUUAGUUUGUAAUUACUAUCCAAUAUCAUUGAAAAUAUAUAGGCAAAAAAAUUAGAAAACUUCUACUUAAGUAUUAGCUUUUGGUAAAAUAUUAAUGCCUAAAGUUUCAAAAUACUUUGUAAUGGAAUCUAAUUCAUGCUUUUAAAAUCAUAAAAUCUUAAAAGCUUUAUUACAAACUUUUGUGGCCUAAAUUUAGGAAAUUAAUCUUUAGAAGACUAUUGCAUUGUAUUGAACACUCUAUAAAAUCUUUAAACAUUAAUUGUAAUGGAUCUUGAUUUUGAAAUGUGGUAAAUAACUGACACAUCUCUCUUAUAACUCAGUGAAGUACUAGUAAAAGUUAUAUCUAAACAACCCUUAUGGAGUUUUAGGUUAUCUCUAUCAAAUUGUGAAGAAUUGACUCCAAUAUUUAGCAGAAGCAUUUAUAAUUUGUUGAGAUUGCUUAUUUAAAAGACUCAAUGUGUUUACAAUUACAUAGAAUUCGAAAAUAUUGAUAUAGCACCGUCUGAAUCUGACCUACUAAAUGGUUACAUGGAACUUCUAGAAAAUAAGAAGAAAUAUUUAGAAAAACUAGCAAUCUUAACAAUCCCUGCUCUUGAUAGUAUUAGCUAAAACUACCGAAAAGAAAUUAUAUGGGAAGUAGCUAAGAAACUUUCUUUAUGA